GCUGGGAGAAACUCCCCCUUCAGCACCCUGGACAGAGGCAGGUUCAGACCUCGGGCUCACGCUCUGGUUCCGCUCCUUAUUUCUAACCCGCCGGGAUCAAGCCAAGGAGCUUCUCGAUGCAUAUUCAGAGAGGGAGAACUGUCGGAAGUUCUUUAUUGACAUUUAUCCGAAAUUAAGGCGCCACAGACCUGAAACUAUACUCUCAAGAGGAUAAACGCCAUCAAAGCGUGGGUUUGAAUUUUAUUAAUUUUAGAUUGCAGACUUUUUUCUGUGUCGCUAUCUUCUCCUGGCUGGAGCGUCUUCAAAAUGCUGCUUGAGCACCCGGGAUCAAGCUGUCAAAACACCGGAAAUUUUUCUCGGUACAGCUCAGGCCAAGAAAUUCCAGUAUGUGCAGGCUGCAGUCAGCACAUCGUAGACCGCUUCAUCCUCAAAGUGCUGGAUCGCCACUGGCACAGCAAGUGCCUCAAAUGCAGCGAGUGUCAGGCGCAGCUGGCGGACAAGUGCUUUAGUCGGGGGGACAGCGUCUUCUGCAAAGACGAUUUCUUCAAGAGAUUCGGGACCAAAUGCGCAGCCUGUCAGCAGGGGAUCCCGCCCACACAGGUGGUGAGGAGAGCGCAGGACUUCGUCUACCACCUGCACUGUUUUGCCUGCAUUGUGUGCAAGAGGCAGCUGGCCACAGGUGACGAGUACUAUCUGAUGGAGGACAGCAGACUGGUCUGCAAGGCCGACUAUGAGACGGCCAAACAGAGAGAGGCUGACUCGACUGCAAAAAGGCCACGGACGACCAUCACUGCUAAACAACUGGAAACACUAAAGAACGCCUACAAUAACUCUCCCAAACCAGCCCGCCACGUCCGAGAGCAGCUAUCGUCAGAGACAGGCCUGGAUAUGCGGGUCGUACAGGUUUGGUUUCAGAACCGGAGAGCUAAAGAGAAAAGGCUGAAGAAAGACGCCGGCCGGCAGCGCUGGGGGCAAUACUUUCGCAACAUGAAGAGGUCGCGGGGCGGCUCCAAGUCAGACAAAGACAGCAUCCAGGAGGAGGGCAUGGACAGCGAUGCCGAGGUGUCCUUCACAGAUGAACCUCCCAUGUCGGAGCUCGGCAAUGCCAACGGCAUCUACAGCAGCCUGAGUGAGUCUUCUCCCGCCAUGGGCGGCCGCCAAGGGGGCACCAACCACAGCUCCUUCCCCCUGGAGCACGGGGGCCUCCCGUCUCAGGACCAGUUCCACGACAUGCGCUCCAGCAGCCCCUACGGACUCCCUCAGUCGCCGGGGUCGCUGCAGGCCCUUCCCAGACACCAGCCCAUCAUCUCCGGCCUCGUCUACCCCGACACCGGCCUCUCCAUCAUGACCCAGGGCGGCGGGCCGGGGAUCAACCCCGCCGCCGUCAGGGUGUCCAUGGGACCGGCCAACGGCCCCAGCUCGGACCUCUCCACCGGCAGCAGCGGCGGAUACCCAGACUUCCCGGCCAGUCCUGCAUCCUGGUUAGACGAAGUGGACCAUGGGCAGUUUUGAUUGGCGAACAAACGACAAAUUUGCUUUUUUGUGUCUUCUGCUGGAAUUAAAAAGUGGGAAAUGGUCGCACAGGACAGUGACUAUGUAAAGAUGUAGACUGCAGUCAGUUGGAUUUGUGAAAAUAGCUGAAAGAUUUGUCGCUACCUGAUUUGAGUCCCUACCCUAUUUGAGUCACACAUGCGCAGUCGCGUCCAACAUCGUCGGCCAUCUUGA